AUGUCAUCCACCGGCAUCGAGCGCGCGGGGCACCGCGAUGGCCUUCCGGACUACGGAGGCGGCUACUCCGAACGUGGCCGUUUUCCCGAUGAGAAGGGCGUCGGGGAACCAUAUGGUGAGCCCUUGGACGGCGGAUUUCGGUCCUCGCUCGAUUCUGGCGACAAGGGAGACCACACUCACCGCAAGCUCAAGUCGCGACACAUCCAACUGAUUGGCAUUGGCGGAACAAUUGGAACCGCUCUUUACGUCCAAAUCGGAAGAGGUCUGCUCAAUGGCGGCCCCGCCAGCUUAUUUCUCGCCUUUACGAUCUGGUGCACUUUCAUCUUGGCCGUGACUCUGAGCAUGGCUGAGAUGGUCACCUACCUCCCGAUCUCGAGUCCGUUUAUCCGCUUUGCCGGUCGCUACGUUGAUGAGGCCUUUGGCUUCGCUGCCGGCUGGAACUUUUUCGUUUUUGAAGCUGCUCUCGUCCCCUUUGAGGUCGUCGCCUGCAAUCUCAUCAUCCACUUUUGGAGCGACGUUGUACCAGCUGGAGGCAUCAUUGCCAUCAUUCUUGUCCUAUACGGUAUCAUCAAUGUCAUGGCGGUGCAGUGGUAUGGCGAGACCGAGUUCUGGGCCGCGCUUGGCAAGUUCUUGCUCAUCGUGGGACUCAUUAUCUUUACGUUCAUUGUCAUGUUAGGAGGAAACCCGCUUGGAGACAGAUUUGGCUUCCGAUACUGGUAUGAACCAGGCGCAUUCACAGAGCUUUACUACAGUGGCUCCCUCGGACGCUUCCUCGGCUUCCUUCAAUGCCUGAUCCAAGCCUCCUUCACCAUCGCAGGACCCGAUUACGUCGCCAUGGCCGCCGGUGAAGCUGAGAACCCACGCAAGGUCAUGCCUCGCGCCUUCAACGCCGUGUUCUACCGCCUGACCGCCUUCUUCGUCCUCGGCUCCCUCUGCGUUGGCAUCCUCGUCCCAUACAACGACGAGGAGCUCACCCGUGCCUUCAAGGACGGCGAACCCGGCGCCUCAGCCUCGCCGUACGUCGUCGCCAUGAACCGCCUGAAGAUCAGUGGCCUGCCGCACAUCGUCAACGCCAUGGUCCUCACGGCAGCUUUCUCCGCCGGAAACUCGUACGUCUAUUGUGCAUCGCGAUCGCUAUACGGAUUAGCGCUUGAGGGCAAGGCGCCUGCUUUCUUCAAGAAGUGCACAAAGAAGGGUGUGCCGGUCUACUGUGUCAUUGCUGUCUUGCUCAUCGGUCUUCUGAGCUUCCUGCAACUUAGCGCCAACACGGCUGUUGUACUGAACUGGUUUGUGAGCUUGGUCACCGCCUCGCAGCUCAUCAAUUUCUCCUGCAUGUGCACGGCGUAUCUGGGUUUCUAUCGUGCGCUUAAGGCUCAGGGCAUCAGUCGCGAUACACUUCCGUACAAGGCUUGGUUCCAGCCGUAUGCUGCCUGGUAUGGUCUCAUCGGCACCUUCAUUAUGACGUUUGUUGGAGGGUACACCGUGUUCCUGCCUUUGGAUGGAUACUGGAGCAUCCCCGAUUUCCUGUUCUCAUACACGAUGGUCGGUAUUUUCCCAGUGUUGUACCUAGGCUGGAAGUUCCUCAAAAAGACCAAGAUCUUCAAGCCGGAAGAGGUCGACCUGUACCGCAACAAGGAUGAGAUUGACGAGUACGAGAGGACUUUCGUGCCCACUCCUGCUAAGAACGUCUUUGAAAGAGUUCUAGACAAGCUGUUUGGUUAG